UAUCCGCGCUGACAUAUGUACAGUCUGAAACCGGGGCAGAGCUCCAGUCCUUCAGCUGCGGAACCCCGAGCUCACAGCGCUGCUACAGCCGGAUUACCGAGCUCCUCUCUGCGGUUCUGAGCUACAGACAGGUCCCGGUAUGGAGAAAGCGAAGCAGGAUGCGUUUGACAGAGCCAGACUCCAGGUGAUCAAGGAUGGAUAUGAACGGGCCUUCGAGUGCAUCAACAAGGGUCUCUCUGCGGAUGAGGCGGGACACAAGGCACAAGCUCUGGAGUUUUACCGACAGGGCCGUCAGCACCUCCUCAGGGCACUCAGCGUCCCCUCCCGGGGUGAGGAGUGUUUCGGCGCCUCCUGGGAAUCGGCUCAGCAGAUGCAGCAGAAGAUGCAGGAGACUCUAGACAACAUCACUACACGGCUAGCAGUGCUGGAGACCAGCUCGAGCUCCACGGCUACACCUGCUUUAAACGGAUCUGUUCCUCAACAGAUUUACCCCUCACUUCCUCAAGACCGGCCAGACAGGCCUGUUCCACCCCGGGCUCUGUUCCCCAGUGCCCCGCCUGCAGGAGGAGCUGUAGGGGAGGUGCCUUCAGCGGCUCGAGGAUCAGCUCCCAGAGCAGCUCCCGUUUCUCCUUCACUGCCUCAGAACCGGAUCUCCUGUGAUCAGCCUCCAGCCUACUCCCCCCAGGCUGCUGAUGGACAUGUCAGUAUUAGCUACGGCACCUCCUCAGGUGAGCUUUCUGCGGUCGGUGAUGAAUUCUACAGCCAUACGUCCAACUCCGCCCCUUCUCCUCAGAGCCUCGGGGAAGAUGGAGAGGAACUGUUCUUCUUACCCCACGGGGUGCAGAUCUUCUUUGUUACCCCUGAUGGACAAGUGAGCGCACCUUCAUAUCCGGGCUACCUGCGAAUAGUACGAUUCACCAAUGAGGUCUCAGAAAGAGUGCCUGGCAGACCUCCUGCCUUUCUGCAGGUGUGUGACUGGCUUUAUCCUCUGAUGGCUACGGAUUCCCCGGUCCUGCUGUGUAACACUGGAGUCUACAUGUUCCCUGAUAUGAUGGCUCCCUCCCCGGGCUCGUAUGUGGGGGUAGUUCUGUCCUCAGAGCUGCCCCUCUCAGAGCGGGAGCACUUCCAGGACCUCCUGUCCCAAAUGACGGACCUGCGAGUCCAGGUGAGCUCCUCAGGUCCACCACCAAAGCUCCAGAGGUCAUCCGCUGCUCGGCCACAGGCAUCAGAUGGAGCAGCAGAUACUAUUAACCUGGGUCAGAAGGUGCCCAUGGGGCCUCCACCUGAGCUGGAGAAACCGGGCGCUGCUGAGGGGGACGAGGACAAAGUGCUUCCUGAGUGGAGCGAGAAGGUGGCUCAUGGAAUCCUUACAGGGGCUUCCUGGCUCAGCUGGGGAUUAGUGAAGGGGGCUGAGUACACAGGGAAGGCCAUCCAUAAAGGAGCGUCCAAACUGAGGGAACACAUCACCCCUGAGGACAGACCAACACAAGUCAGCCCCACUGUCACCAGAGGACUCCACGUAGCGAAGCAGGCCACUGGAGGAGCCGUGAAAGUCAGCCAGUUUCUAGUGGAUGGUCUUUGCACGGUUGCCGGUCAUGUGGGUCGAGAGCUGGCUCCACAUGUGAAGAAACACGGGGGUAAACUGCUUCCAGACUCCAUGAAAAAAGACAAGGAUGGACGCUCGAAUAUUGACGGUGCUAUGGUUGUUGCUGCGAGUGGGGUUCAAGGAUUUGCAACUAUGUGGACAGGCUUGGAAUCUGCAGCUAAAAACAUUGCGACGAGCGCUGCGACAGAAACGGUCAACACUGUAAAACAUAAGUACGGGGCGGCAGCAGGUCAGGCUACAGAUCAUGCCGUAAACUCCGCCAUAAACAUGGGCGUCACUGCCUUCAACAUCGACAACCUGGGGAUCAAAGCAAUGGUGAAAAAGACGGGUAAAGAAACGGCUCACGCCAUCCUGAAGGACUACAGGGUGGAGGAAAGCCCGGGAGACCAGGAGAAGAAACAGGAGAAACCCAAGGACCAAAAAUAAGCUGCAGCACUCGACAUGCUUCUGCUUCUUCAGGUGUUCUGCAGGGAAAAGUUCAUAAUUAUAAUAAUGAAAAGUAUGAAAUGAAAAAGGAUCUUGCUUAGACAAGCACUGUUUGUUAUAGUAUUGUUAUAGAUUUACAUAUUUAACAGAUUUAACCACCACAGUACUGACAGAUCUGUGUGAUACUGAAGAUUAAAAAGAAGAUAAUCGUUAAAUUCAACUUUUACUGUACAUAUGUACUAACAUGCUGCCUAUAAAUGAGACCUUGGGUCCAAACUCUUAAAAAUAAAGGUGCUUCACAGGAUUCUUUAAGCGAUGCCAUAUAAUAACUUGUUCCAUAAAUAAGUAUAAAGUACGCUAAAGUUUUAAUUGAAUACUAAAAGUGUUGAUUUGACACUGAAAAAAAAUUGUGUGAAAAGAUGUGUGAAGAGAACAUUUACAUUUAGCAAAGAUUGUCUAUACCUAAAAAUUCUAGACACUUACCUUGCAUUCAUACUGGCGAAUGGCAACAAAGAUGACAAACGAUUAGUUAUUUCCAGUGGGAGAAUAUGAAUUAUACUCCCACUAACAGGAUUUCACCCUUGAGAGUGCAUCACUCAACACAGUAAACAAGUUAGUAAGUUCUUAUACAGUGAGUAUUAGAACACAGCAGAGCUAAUAAAAACCACUAACCACACAGAACGAGAAGACAAACGGUGCAGACCACUUUUCACCACCACCAAAAGGACUAAAAUUAGUUUUAAGUGAUGAUAUUGACUUUCACUGCUGGUGCUCUUUGUUUUAAUGUGGUUGAUUCCAAAUUAGUAAGGUAAAUCUUGAUUUUUUUUUCUUUAUCUUGAGCUAUUCAAUUCUGUUCUCAAUCUGUUUCGCCGAUCAAACAACUACAAACUAGUCCUAAAAACGCUGAUGAGUCCAUUUCUAAUUUACGAAGAACUUUUAUUUUUAAGAGUAUACUUUGGGUCUACUACCUUACGCCUUAUUUCACACCAGCUCUGAGUGAAAUUAUAAGAACAUUUAUUCCUCUCUGGUGUGAAGGAGCAUUUCUGCCCACUGAUACGUAGUAAUUUAUCAAAAUUCGGUUAUUUAGAAUUUUUAUUUAAUUUGUACUGUCCCUUAUAGACGAACACCAAAAAUCAGAGGUAUAAAAGCCAAAGUUUUACUAUGUUUAAAUUACAUAGAGCCUUAAUAUUAGUACUACUGUUGUUGUUUUAAAAAAUCUAUUGUGUCUAAAUGCUGCACUAGAUUGUCUGUUUAAAUGCUAAUGUCUGUCUAUUUAUGAUAAAAUGUCUAUAUUUGCUGACUAGUUUGCUUGCAUUGUUUUUGAAAGAUUCUCUUUUUAUGCUUUUAUUUUUAAGCACUUUAACUAUUAGAACAACGCAGGAUAUAAUAUACUGUGUCUUUUUUUAAAGAAAGGCAAGAAGAAAAAGAAAGAAGGCACAUUUUAGUUGUUGGUUAUUUUAAGAGCAGGUUCAGGGUUUAGAAACUGCUUUAAUGCUGUGAAAGAAAGAGAUUAUCCUGUUCUAACAUUAUUUAACUAUGCAGUUAUUCCAGUGUCAGAAGUGUGUGUCGGCUUUAUUCUCAGAUUAUGUUCUUUGUAAAAUGACAGGAAUUAAAAUAUUGUGAAUUUUGGGAGUAUUUUGAUUAAUAAGCUGACUGUAAUACUGAACUGAGAAGAAGCUGUUCUUAAAAGAAAGUCAGAAAGAUGUUUUAAAAUGUUCAUUUUUUUUUUCAGUAAAUCAGCUGGGGAUGUGAGAUUUUGUCACAUUCUGUAAAAUUUUAACCACAUUCUCUAUAAACAGGCUUCCUAAAAGAGCUGCCAAACAAGAUUAUAAUGGAGUUUAAAGAUUUAUCAGUUUAAUAACUUUUUUUUACGCAAGAACACAAAUUGAGGGAUUUUUUUCAGGUCUUUUUUGAUAAAUGAACUCUUAGUUAUACAUUUAUAAAUGUAUUUACAGGUUUAUGUUUGAGUAAAAUGAACAUUGUUGUUUUAUUCUAUAAACUACAGACAACAUUUCUCCCAAAUUCCAAAUAAAAAUAUUCUCAUUUAGAGCGUUUAUUUACAGAAAAUGAGAAAUGACUGAUAUAACAAAAAAGAUGCAGAGCUUUCAGACCUCAAAUAAUGCAAAGAAAACAAGUUCAUAUUCAUAAAGUUUUAAGAGUUCAGAAAUAAUCAAUAUUUGGUGGAAUAACCCUGGUUUUUAAAAUAAUGUAUAAAUCCUUAUAUAUAGUGAAUAAAUAAUUUAUAAAUGGUUAUUUCAUUCUUUAUGACCUCAAGACCUUAAUAAAUCCCACAUUUGUGUUCAUUUUAAACAGUUUAAAAAGCUGCAAUCAGUUUAAACCCUCUUUCUAAUAGUAAACUAUGUUUACUUGUCUGGUUUGAAAGGAAAACCAGCAGAGCUGCAGAAAUAUACAGGCUGCUGGUUUAGUGUAGACUGUAAUUGGACCGUGAUUAUGAGAAUGUUUGUUGGAGAUAUCUGAUAAAUGUCAGUACUACUCUUUUGAAUGUGUUCUGUCCCUGUUGUCACUAAUAUGGGAACAUCAGAUCUAACUUUCAUGUGUUUUAAAGGAUUUUAUCUAACACAGGUACAUAUUAAAUAUUAUUAUUUGACCAAAUAAACCUUAAUUUUAAACACUGA